CAAAAGGCAGCGUAUGAACAACGGAGCUGUUGGAGGAGCAGACUAAAGCCGGCUAGUAAGAAGAGAAGCCAGAAGAACCAUCAAACAUGGCUUUCAACACGCUAACCUCAAGAGCUGUGCUCCUCUAUGAUGAGUGGAUCAAGGAAGCAGAUCCACGGACAGGGAAUUGGCUCCUGAUGGCGUCCCCAAUCCCCCAAACCGUCAUCAUCGCUGCCUAUGUCUACUUUGUGACAUCACUGGGCCCUCGACUAAUGGAAAACCGCAAGCCCUUUAACCUCAAGCAACCAAUGAUCAUCUAUAACGUCUCCAUUGUAGUGUUUUCCCUUUACAUGAUAUAUGAGUUUCUCAUGUCUGGCUGGGCGAAUGGAUACACCUAUGGGUGUGACCUUGUGGAUUAUUCUAGCUCUCCUCAGGCUCUUCGGAUGGCAUGGACAUGCUGGCUGUACUAUUUCUCCAAAUUCAUUGAGAUGCUGGACACUGUUUUCUUUGUCCUGAGGAAAAAAAACAGCCAAGUAACUUUCCUACAUGUCUAUCAUCACUCAAUCAUGCCAUUCACAUGGUGGUUUGGAGUUCGAUUUGCCCCAGGUGGUCUGGGAACUUUCCAUGCCCUUUUGAACUGCAUUGUCCAUGUCAUAAUGUACACCUACUAUGCUCUCUCUGCUCUGGGACCUGUUUACCAGAAGUACCUCUGGUGGAAAAAGUAUAUGACCACCAUCCAGCUGAUCCAGUUUGUGAUGGUGACCACCCACAUUGGCCAGUUCUUCUUCAUGCAGGACUGUCCGUACCAGUUCCCUGUGUUCCUCUACGUUAUUGGUCUGUAUGGACUGAUCUUCUUGGUCCUGUUUUUCAACUUCUACUAUCAUGCCUAUACCAAAGGCAAGAGGCUUCCAAAAGUAAUCCAGAAUGGAACCAGCCACCAGAAUGGAACCAGCCACCAGAAUGGAACCAGCCACCAGAAUGGAACCAGCCACCAGAAUGGAACCUACCUACACGAGAAGUCGGAGUAAUUCUACCCUUGGCCACCUAAAAGUGAACUAACUUAUAAGUGGAAAUAUUCCUUUUUUAUUUCAGAGUAUGUUUAAGGUUCCACUCCCCUGUUUUAUGUUAAAACUUUAGUGGAAUACCACUGUAUCACUGGAUUUAAUAUUUCUGAACUCACACUGGUGUUUCACUAGAGAUGCUAUCCUCAUUUUUUGUCUUUCACUCAAGGCUUUGAAAUGAGUAUGGGUUGGGAUACAGUGUUUCAUUUUGUUUUUGUUAAAAUAUCCCUACUUGUAAAUAUUUGAAUUUUCUGCUUUGGAAUAUGAUUGAUCUGCUGGCCAAAUCUGAAAUGAGGUUAUGAGAGCAUAUUGAAGGUGACUAAAGUUGGUUGCUGAAUGGGUUGUUGACGGUCAUGUUUUGGUUUUAACUAAAUGAGCCUGAGGCCCUUUUUAUUCUUUAACUCUGAAUGAUAACCUGGUUGUGCUUGAACCUGAAGGUUUACCAAAUGCCACCGAAGUGACCUCUUCUGAAGUUAUACAUGUAGGUGCAGUCAAAAUGCUCUGUGACUAUUUAUUCAAUGUUUAUUUAAUGUGUACCAUUUCUUAGUCAUUUUUUUUUUUCUUUUUUUUAAUGUGUAUAUAUUAUGUUUCUGAUUGGCUUUUAUGUACUGAUAUGUGUAAAGUUAUAGCAAGACUUGAUUGAUGCACCAUGAUUUUGCCUUUUUUUGUUUUUGUCAUUUUAAACCUUCUAAUUUGUUAAGAAGUGUUUUGAUAGUGAAACAAAAUAAAUGAUUU